UAACAUUGACAAAAAAAAAAAAAACAUGCAGUAUAACAGAGUAACAUGGGGUAGCCACCAUAAUAAGCAUUCCAUGAGAAGCGAUCACAUAACACUAACAAAACUGGUAGCAGAAGGGUUUUACAAAGAAGCCCUUCACCUCUUCUCACAACUCCACUCUUCUUCCACCACUCUUCACUCCUUCACUUUCCCCACUCUCUUCAAAGCAUGCACCAAACUCUGUUCUCCUUCCAACGCCCAAAUCCUCCAUACCCAUCUCCUCAAAACCGGUUUUUAUUCUGACCCACAUGCCUCCUCAGCCCUCACCGCCGCCUACGCUUCCAACCGUCGCUUCUUUCUCGACGCACGCAAGGUGUUCGACGAAAUGCCCCAACCAAACCUUGCUUCUCUCAACGCCGCGCUUUCUGGUUUUUCGCGAAACGGGCGUCGAGGAGAAGCUCUUGCUCUGUUCCAGCGAGUUGGGUUGGUGUCCUUGAGACCCAACUCCGUCACUGUCGCGUGUUUGCUCGCUGCUACUAACGUGGAUACUAACCACGUUGCGCAGUUGCAUUGCUGUGCAUUUAAGUUAGGGGUUGAAUUGGAUGUUUAUGUUGCCACCGCGCUUGUUACUGCUUAUUCGAAGUGUGGAGAGUUAGUUUCUGCGACUAAGGUGUUUGAUAAGUUGUUAUUGAAAAAUGUGGUGAGUUACAAUGCUUUCAUUUCGGGUUUGUUUCAGAAUGGUGUUCCUCGUUUGGCCUUGGAUGUGUUUAAGGAGAUGAUGAGGGGGAAGGAGUGUUUAGAGCAUAGAAUUAAUUCAGUGACGUUGGUGUCUGUUCUUUCUGCGUGUGUUAGCCUCUUGUAUGUUCGUUUUGGAAGGCAGGUUCAUGGGCUUACAGUGAAACUUAAAGCAGGUGAAGAGGUUAUGGUGGUGACUGCACUCGUGGAUAUGUAUUCGAAGUGUGGUUUUUGGCGUUCUGCUUUUGAUGUCUUUUCAGCGGUUGAAGGGGAGAGAAGGAAUUUGAUCACUUGGAACUCCAUGAUUGCGGGAAUGAUGUUGAAUGAACAGAGUGAGAGAGCUGUUGAUAUGUUUCAGAGGAUGGAGGGUGAAGGGCUGCAACCUGAUUCAGCAACUUGGAAUUCAAUGAUCAGUGGGUUUGCAAAACAGGGUGUGCGUGUGGAGGCUUUCAAGUACUUAAGGAAAAUGCAGUCUACUGGAGUGACUCCGUGUUUGAAAAUUCUUACAAGUCUUUUGUCGGCGUGUGCGGAUUCGUGUGUAUUAGGACAUGGAAAAGAGGUACAUGGAUAUAUUAUAAGGAUUAACGUUAAUAUGGAUGAUUUCUUGGCAACUGCUCUUGUUGACAUGUACAUGAAAUGUGGGCAUGCUUCGCGGGCACGGGGAGUUUUUGACCAGUUUGAUGCAAAACCUUAUGACCCGGCAUUUUGGAAUGCAAUGAUAGGAGGGUAUGGAAGAAAUGGAGAUCACGAAUCUGCCUUUGAAAUCUUUGAUAAAAUGCUGGAAGAAAUGGUUCAACCAAACAGUGCAACAUUUGUUAGUGUUUUAUCUGCUUGCAGCCACACGGGUCAGGUUGACAGAGGAUUACAUGUUUUCAGAAUGAUGAGAAGAGAGUAUGGCUUGCAGCAAAGGCCUGAGCAUUCUGGUUGCAUGGUUGAUCUUUUGGGUCGGUCUGGUCGAUUGGGUGAAGCUCGAGACUUGGUGCAGGAACUGGCAGAGCCUCCUGCAUCAGUUUUUGCUUCUUUGCUUGGUGCAUGUAGGGGUUACCUAGAUUCUAAUCUUGGGGAAGAAGUGGCCAUGAAGCUUCUAGAUAUAGAACCAGAAAACCCGGCUCCUUUGGUGGUCUUGUCUAACAUAUAUGCUGAGUUGGGAAGAUGGAAGGAAGUAGAAAGGAUAAGAAGGAUGAUCACAGAUAAAGGAUUGGACAAACUCUCUGGCUUUAGCAUGAUAGAAGUUGCGUGAGAAAUACUUAUAUGUAGAAAAACUGUAAAUGAAAUGUUUUAUCUGAUAACAUAAGAGUUUGUUACAUAUGGAAUGUUUCAUCUAUUUGAACUUCCGUAAAAAUCACUGAUUCAACAUCUCCUUCACUGCAAAUCCAUAGUAAUCAUCAAAAUGGUAAGGAGGUUCAGUGACAAAACACGAGAUUACGUCUCUCAGUGUAAUGACUCCAACUACUUCAUCCUGUUCAUCUACCACGUAAAUCCUGUGAAUAGACUGAGAAGCAAGAGUAUGGAUCACGCUCUGCAGUGUUGAGUCAGGCUUGCAUGUUAUGGGUCGUGUAACUUUUCCAGUUUGUGGGGAUAUAGAGGCAAUUUGGUUUAUGAAAUCCAUCACAGUGAGUUUCCUGAAAGUCAAAAUAAAAGAAUGGUGAAGGAGACGAUUUUAGUAAGGGCCCUUACAAGCUUAUGUGAUGGCCACGGGUGGGAACCAUUGUUUUUUUUUACCUUGAAUUAAAAGAAAAAAUCACCUCACUCAUACACAUUCAGACUCAUGUCUGUUAAGUAGCUAAUCAUAUGAACCUGGUUGAUUAAUAUUCUUUUUAAACUUGGUUCUUAUUUGAUUAUCUUCUUUUUCAUUUUUAUCUAAAAUGCUAGUAUCUUGUAUAUGUUUCUUAGCAUUUUUUUUCUUUCAAAAAAUUAAUUAGGAAAAAAUGACCGUACAUGUCAGAUUUUUUGCUGUAAAGAGGAGGGAUUAUGGAUGGAGGAUCGAAAAAAUUUCCAUGCAGGUUCAAGAUUUGUUGCUUUGACUUACCUAAAAUUGGUGAAAAGCUCUUGCCUUAGCAGCAAGUAUCUGAUGUCUCGAAUGCUUAAGUUUCCAACAAUUCUCUUCGUUGGCCCCUCUACCACAGGAAGACCACCAAUUUGAUUAUCCUUCAUCUGCUUGAAAGCUUCAAGAAUCAAUUCAUUGGUCUGGAUGCUAAUAACCUGAACAGGAAGAAAAAUGAAGUUUUUAAACCUUCAAGACGAGGACAGCUGAAAAUUUAAAACACCAAUCCUUGCCUCAUCUGUAGACAUAAAUGGAAGCCCCAGAGCAUCUAUAGGCUUUCCCGCAAUGCUGUCAAACCAAUCUCUUCCUUUGCAUCCCUCGAGACCUUGGACAACUGCAGACUGAGUAAUGAAGUUUAUAAUGUCAGGUUUACCUGGUUCUAUCACAGGUACAUUCCUCAGCCUAUACUUUGAGAGAAGCAGCAGGACAGUCAACAUAGCGCUAUUCCUUGCAACUGGAACAAAAGGCGCCCAUCGAUACGAUUUAAGUAUGGAUCGCACCUGAAACCAAAAAUCAACAAAAUAUAUACCUUUGUGGAGCAAAGAAAAGGAUUUAGUUGCCCGUAAUUAGCAAAUUUAUAUAAAAGAAAAAAAAUAUCUAAUGGAUUAUGUACAAACUGUCAAUCAGUCAUCACUAUUUGGUUAAAAGAGCCAAGGAGGAAAAAUGCUCAUACCAAGAAACAGAAAACCUAGCAUUCAAGACAAGAACUUGCAGUUAACUACAGAACCUCUGCCUUUAUCAUGCUUACCGUUGUUG